AUGUGUUGCUUUGCAAGUGUUCCCUCGUUAAGAGUUGAAACCAAAACUUGGACGAGAGAUAGCCAUGAUCUGUUUGAUUAUGAAGCGCAGCAAGUUAACAAAAAAAGUUUUUUAAUUUCAACUCCAAUUAAACUUUUUCGUUCGAAGGCGCAAGUAUCAUGUGUGGCUGAUAAUCCCCACUGCUUGCCCAACACAGCGCAGGAUUACCUGUUGUCUGUGCGGCCAGAGGAAGGUACGGACAAAUAUGUAAUAACGCCCGCGGAGCACUCGUUAAAUACCCAGUACAAUGUGAAGAAGCUGUGGAUCAUCGUGAAAGACUUACCUGACAAAUCAUACGCAUUACACGAAAAUGACAUAAUAAAAUUAGGAAGAUUCAGAUUGAAAGUGAGGCAAUUUAUUGAUUCCGUGGAUACAUUAAAUUCGUUAAAGUUAGAUGACUCCCCCUCUAAAAAAUGCGAGUCAAUUUUAGACUCCUCAAAUAUCCAAUGUAGAAUUUGUUUAAUUGAAGGGAACCAAGAAAAUGACCCUCUGAUAUGCCCAUGUGAUUGCAAAGGAUCCAUAAAAUAUGCACACCUCAUGUGCUUAAGAAAAUGGAUAAACGGGAGAUUAAACCUGAAUGAUCAAUUAUUUUCCGGUUCAGUUUUUAUUAAAGAUAUAUGUUGUGAAUUGUGUAAAACAAAGUAUCCAAAAAGUAUCAAACAAAAUGAUGAACUAGUACAGCUAGUGAAGAUUCCCAAUUUGAAGACACCACUAAUUGUGCUAGACAAUAUUAUAGGACAGACAAGCAAAGGAGUACAUCUAAUCAGUUUUGCAGAUAAAAAAUAUCUGAAAUUAGGAAGGGGACAUGAAUCAGAUGUAAGAAUUCCAGACGUCUCCAUUUCAAGAUACCACGCUACUAUUAAAUAUGAAAAGGGAUUAUUCAAAUUGGAAGACCAUAACUCUAAAUUUGGGACGCUAGUUGCAUUGAGGAAAGCAAGAGAAAUUUGUCCCAAAGAUACCAUGUCACUCCAAGUAGGUCGAAGCGUUGUCAAUUUUCGAGUCGAUGAAGAAAUUCCCUUCAAAAGUGGAACGAUCGAUAUUAUUGAAAAUAAGGAAGUAAUAGAAGCGAAUGAAUUACCUCCAGCAAAUGAGAAAAAUAAUGCCAACACACCACAAAUCAGUACCCCCAACUUGGAGGACACGAACAGAAAUAACUUUGAGACCAACCAUUAUGUGGACCUCACCAACUCUAACAACUCCAUACAGAAUUCCUAUUCCUCCUACAGAGUGGACAAUUUGAUGUCUUUACUGAAUUAUCAAAAUGAGUAUAGAAUUUUCGGCAUCAGAAAUUGCUACAAUUUGGUUGACAACAGGAAUGGGAAUCAACAAAAUGUGGCUCAGAUGGACUGCGCCGGGGGGAAUAACAUCAACAUAGAGGAGAAUAAUCUUCACGGAGGAGAAAUCAUUAACAAUGGUGGAAUGAUUGGUGAGCACAUGGGCGUGCAGAUGGGCAUGCAAAUGGGUCUACAAAUGGGGGUACAAAUGGACUUGCCAAUGGAUGUUCACAUGGGUCUCCAACUUGGAUCCGAUAUGAGGGUACAUAAUAAUGACCCGGUCAACCCUGGCCAUGACGAGGAGAGGGCCUGCAGCGUAGGUCAUAGGAUCCAGAGCGACGCGGACGAUGACGCCAAUAAUAACAUCCACAACGACGGUAAUAAUAACAACGAUGACGAUGGUGCUGUUGAUGAAGAUGACAACGGUGACAACAGUAACGAUGAGGAGGGUGAUGACCUCAGCGUGCAUGAUGAAGAGGAGGAUGAUGACGAUGAUGAAAACGGAAGCGGCAUGAACAACACUGGAAGUAGCGGGGGGAACAGUGGUGGCACCAGAGGAGGGGGAUCCACCGGUGGAAACAGCAACGGAAAUGAAGGAAGCGGAAACGAACAUGGAAAAAAGAACAGCAAUCAGAGUAGCAACAAUAGCAUCGGUGACAACAAUGAUUGCAACCAAUACCAAUGUAGUAACUACCAUGGAAGUGAAGCCACGUCAAACACCAAAAUGUGCAAUAACACCAGUUAUAAUCACAUUGCACAGAAUGAAAAAAGUGUGAGCAACAUCUGUGGCGACCGAGGCAGACCCAACAGAAAUGAAGUCCGCACAUAUUUCGGGAACAUGGCUGUGCAGAAAUCCUACAGAAACAGAAAUUGUGAGAAUCUCUAUGAUAAUUGCAAAGGUGCCGUAUCAGUGGUGAUGAAUAAAUAUGACAACGUAAGUUUCUUCCAUAGUGGCAACAACAAUAGUGACGAUCAUCAGAGCAGCAGCCACCCCUCCGGAAGCAACAUGGGGGAAUACGCAAAGGUCAAUAUCGAAGAUAACUACUUCUUUCACAACGAAUCGGAGACCCCCGAACAGGUGGACUUCUCCAUAAAUAGCGGAACUGUUAAUGAUAUUCUCACAUCCAACUCCAGCACAAGUUUGGAAAAAAUUCAAGACGCAGUAAUUAACAGCAGCUACCAUAAUGAGGGCCCUAAUCCUGCAUGCUCCUUUGUCCAGUCCGUCUACCGCAUCGACGGUAAAAAUGAUCCCAAUGUUAUGAACGUUAUUUAUAAUGAUUCCGGCGGAAGAGUAAACCAUAAUGACGCAUAUGUAAGCGAAGCUCAUUCAAAAAAUAAAAUAUUUCUUCAUAGUGUGUCCAUCCAAAGUCAUAAAAAAGCAGCAGAUAAUAGUAGUAGUAGCGUUAGUCGUGAUGUCCGCACACCCCCUAAUUUUUUAAACGAACAAAAUAAUUGUCCUAGUUAUAAUUCCCGUGUGACCCUUUUUCCUAGCUUCACCAACUUGAACAAUUGUUCAAUAAAUUUUGAAAAUUGCAUGUUGCCUAAGUUUAUUGGUAACACUUCUUCUUUUGUUCAUGACAUGGGUGACAAGAUGAUGAAUGGUUUUGUGAGCGGGGAUAAGUUAAAGAACAGUGCGUCAUACCGCGCUAGUGAUAAUACUGCCGGAGUGCAGGACGAGGGAAUCAUCCUAAAGACACAACCCCAAAUGCACAGCGGAAGCAACGAUCCAACCACCACAUCCGAAGGGAGAGAAUUUGUCCUGAAGAGCAGCAUGAAAAAAGGAAAUUUGCAGAGAAAAAAUGUUAUUCUAAAUAACCUGAAAAGAAAAAAUGCACGUAAUAAGAAAUUGAAAAGGUCCGUAAAUAACACCCAGGUGGAGAUCAUACCACAGCAGCAUAUGGAGUACAGCAACAAGGAUAACCAUUGCAUGGAAUCAUAUAAUAAUGGAAGUGUAGGUAGGGAGAGCGACCAGGCGGAAGUUACUUUUUAUGAUGAACAAUGCAGUGUGUCGAAAUGUGCAGAAAAGAAUUUUUUGGAAAAUAGCUCAUCACCACAGGGCAUUUCGGGACAUAGCAUCUCUGGGCAACUGUCACUAAUCACAACUUUGGAUUCCGCUUCUCCCAACAAGGGGGGACACAAUUACUAUUACAGGAAGAUACCCUACCAUGAGGAGUCCCCUUAUAACGAAAAGUUUUACGGCGGAAGCGCUGGGGAAGAUACCCAAGUCAUAAGCAGCGGCAUCGGAGACAAGUUGCACCUGAAGCAAUACUCCCAUUGCCUCGACUACUACAAUGUUGUCAACUUUAAUGAAAAAUUUAGUAUCCCUGGAAACACCUCCUUUAAUCACUUCAGCACAAUCAACUGCGGAAGUAACAAAUUUAACUACCAUACCCAGGGUAGGGUCAUGCGAAGUGGAAAUGUUAAGACAGAUUUUUUUUUAAAUAACUAUGGCAUGGGUGCGCCUCCAACCCACUUUAAGAUGCCUGUAUCGGUGUCUAACAACUGUGUUACGGGCUCCGGUGUCUUUUUUGUGAGUGCCGAGAGCGGUGUUAAAGGCAACAGUAGUGGAAGUAACUGUACUGGCACCACCGACCAACAGAAUAGUAUCCAUAACGAAGAUAACGGUCAAACAAGAACUGACUGCAUCGUUAAGGCUAACGGGAACUAUGAAGAAUACAUUAAUGAGUGGAAAAAGAGGAGAAAUGGAGAACAGGGUCCAACCGAUGAUCGCAGCAGCAACAUCGGAACGCAGUUGCGCUAUAGUAAUAAUAACAUCGCUGGUGAUUAUAACUUCCAUUUGGCAAAGGCAUACAAUGAGGAUGCUCUUCGGAACAGUGAAGGGAAGGAAGUCUCCUACGAAAGGUGCAGCUACGGAUCGGACGACAUGAUUCAGACAGCGCAAACGAGCCAACUGGGUGGACACCCACAGAGAAGCAACUUUUUAGAGCAAAAUGGGAGUACCCUUUCUAUGGCAAGCAAGGAUUUAUUUUCGCAGAAAAAGAAAUACUUCAACAGUGGAGGCAAUAUACACUGCAGCAUCGGGAGCGGCAUGAAGAGUGUGAACGGUCCACACGCGUAUACACAACCGAGACACUCGUACUACCACGCCCAGAUGCAUAAGAAAGUCAACCCCAGCGUUAAAAAAAGUAAGGACAAGAGGACUAGUAAAAUGAACAAAAAUAAGAAUGACAAAUUAAGCGAUAGUAACAUGAGGAAGGUGAGAAAUGGAAGGAAAUUAAGGAACAAAAAUGACAGAAGUGGUGACCACUGCGAAGAGUUCCAAACUGUACCAAGCAUAAACAGAGUAGGAUCAGAGAUUGCCCUUGAAAGUAGCACAAGCUGUGAACGGGAAGGGCCGACCCAUUGCAGUAAUACUCCGUACAACGAGGAUAUCAUUUCGGUUGAUAGCGCCUCCAAUGAUCAUAUGAGAUUUCUCGAUAUUUCCAUGCAUAGCAAUGAUGUUAGGGAAGCAAAGAUUACCAAAUCACAGGGAGCAGAAUUUGCUAACUUCCGUGCAGCUGCUUUCAUGCCAAAUGGUGGGAUGUAUUUUCAUAUGUACAAUACCAGUGGAAUUUUGGGACACCCCGAUGUAACCCUAAACAUUAUCAGUAAUAAGAAAAAAUCGAAAAAACUAGGAAACUGGGAAGGAACUCUCCCCCAUGCGUGCCAUCAUCUUAUCUGUACGUGA